GUGACAUUCAGAGAAAAACUUAGAGGUGAACUGAGGUGGCGGACUAUAAACAUUUAAGGAGGUGCAACUUCAUCAGUUUAACAGCAAAUAAAGCCAAAGAAAAACAGCAGAAAAAGGCGAAGGGUGUGGACUUGGACUUCAAAGACAAAUUUAAUUUAGGAACGAGAAUGUGGGAUGUAACGGAUCAGCGGUUAGAUUGAUAAGAGAGUUGUAACGUCCCAAGAAAGGAUUAUUUGAACGUGCCUGAAUAGUUAAAACAAACUGAGGACAGGAAGCAUCAUGUCUCCUUCACAACUUAUGAUUGCACUCCUGUGUUUUCUACCUUUGGCAGCCAGUUUGCACUGUUACACCUGUGUAUUUCCAGCCAUCUCUCCUCUCGACUGCUUUAAGUUUCCUCAGGAGUGUCCAGCCGGACAGCGCUGCCUGUCCAGUACUGCGAUGGGGAGACGGGGCGCUCUACAGAUAACGAUGUACGAGAAGAGCUGUGCCAUCCAGUCUCAGUGUGGUGUGAGCGGACAGAAAUACGCCUCAGGCCUUUACUUCAACUACACCAACGUGUGCUGUGACACUGACCUGUGCAACGGAGCCGAGUCCUUUGCUGCCCUCAGCUGGAGAGCAGCGGCUCUCAGCCUGCUGCCGGCGCUCGCUCUGCUGCUGGCCUGAACCUCGGAGGAGAAGGCGGCGGAGGUCUGGACGAGUUCAUGCUUAACUCUGAAUAUGUAGGUGACCUGGGAAAGAAGAAAACUCACAGGCACAUGAGCAUGCAGCCAUAAGACAACACGCUUUCUAAUAUUCCUGUUUUAAUAAAUAAUUAACAGGCCCUGUAUUCUGAUGUGAUUUUCAAAGGCCAAUAUUAGCACAUAUUUUCUAACACUUAUCUUCUAAACAAAGCCAUGAAUUAGUAAGACUAAAUUAAAACAAACUAUUUGACAGCUGUGCAGAAAUAUCAAAAUAUAUACUUAUAUACUACUAAUAAAUAUAUACUAGUGAUGAAGCAAUCUCACCUUAACUUCCACUUCGGUGCAGCUCUGGAUCUUUCAGUCAUAUCAUAUCAUACAACAACGUGAAUUGAGUUGUCGACUGCUUUGAAACUCAAAAUGCAUGCUGUUUUGUUCUGGCAUCUAUCAUUUUAACUUCAAUCUCCAUUAUGACAAUGACCCAGUUAUGAAACUAUUAAAACUUAGGCUAAAUAAACACUGAAGAGAUGCCUUUUUUGCAGUUCUGCUGUAUUUCAUAUGCAUUUUCUGUGUAUGUACAGAAAUUUGUUUUUGCAUUGUUGUUUACAAUCAUUGCUGUCGAAGCUCUGAACCUACAGCUUGUACAGACAGGAAUGUUUUCAUUUAACUCUUCUUUUAACAUCUUCUUGAUCACGUUGUUACCGUCCAUAAUAAGUAAAUAAACAUCACUGCAUCAUUAUAAAGAUAUUUUUUAUUGGGAUAUUAAUAAAAGUGUUUUUGUAGGGGCUUAAAAGUACAAAAUACAUUUCAGUUGUGCUAUUAGUUUGAUUGUCUUCAUGGUAUAUUUCUACUGGUUUAGUGUCCACACCAUUGUUUGUUUUGAUCCUGUGGACUUUUAAGUGCAACUGCAGUGCUGCUAAAAAUGAAAUACUUGUAGGAGAACAGAGGGUAAAAAGGGGUAAAAAAAAAAAAAAAAAAAGAAAAAAGAAAAAAAAAGCACAAUAUGGGUUCAAUAAGAAAGAAA